AUCUCAACCGGCCCAACCUCAUCGCUCACCCGCCCAGCACCUCCCCCCGCCUGAAGCCCCUUAGCCGGAGCCGCUUUAGGCUGCAAACCAGGUCCUGGAGCCCAAUUAUUGGCCGCAAGCCCGCGCCCGCCCAGGCCGAAUCACGUGUCAGCUCAAGAUGGCUGCGCCCAGUAUAGCUGAACAAAGGUUGCGGUAAGGCCCAGCGAGGCUGACGAAAAUCGGAGGCGGGAGCGGCUCCUGGAAGACGGAGAGCAUAAGGCUCAAGAUGGAAAAUCAUAAGCCAGAUGAUACUAGCGAGGAAAACUCAACAAUUUUGAGUAUUAUACUCACAAAAAUUAACCAGCUUCCAGAAUCAGAAAGGAAUUUACUUGAUCAUGGAUCAACAUAUAUUGGACUUAAUGCUGCUCUCUGUGGCCUAAUAGCAAACAGUCUUUUUCGACGCACCUUGAAUGUGACACAGGCUCGUAUUGCUGCUGGCUUACCAAUGGCAGUGAUCCCAUUUUUCACAACACAGGUAGCUUACACAAGUUUUGUAAGUUUACCUUUGACCACAGGUGAUUUGAACUGUGAAACCUGUACAGUAACUCGGGGUGGACUGGUUGGUCUUGUUUUGGGUGGUCUGUAUCCUGUUUUCCUGGCUAUCCCUGUGAAUGGUGGCCUAGCAGCCAGGUAUCAAUCAAUUCUCCUACCAGAGAAAGGAAACAUCUUAACUUACUGGAUUAGAAUUUCUAAGCCUGUCUUUAGAAAGAUGUUAUUUCCCAUUUUGCUCCAGACUGUGUUUGCAGCAUACCUUGGAUCUCGACAAUAUAAACUCCUUAUAAAGGCCCUUCAGUUACCUGAACCUGGCACCUAAAAGUUCACUGAUUUUAAGCAAAUAUGUACUCAUAAAAAAAUAAAAUGGUAAAAAUAA